AAAUUUAUAAAGUGCAUUUCGGGGAACCAAACAGGGCAUAAAGAAACAAAGAAUUUCUCGUGGAAUUUGGGUAGCACAGUUUCAUUUUAUAAAUAAAUAAAUAAAACUUUAUUGGACAGCUGACAAGUUCUGUCUUAGCCCAACCCAAAACCAGAUAACCAUCCCAAGGCCCACCGUCUUCAAAACCCACUAAACCCACACACCACAGCCAGCCCACAGACUUUCUCAUUUACCAUUUUGCCCCCCAGCAGAACCACUAUAUAUACAUUUACCCUUUCCGCCUGCACAAUCAUAAGAUCGCAUAAGGUGUUCCCCAGCACAGCCGAUUCCUCCUGUUCCUCUCUUCUCUUCAAUCGUUCGAUCAAAAUCCUUUUCGGUAAUCCAAUGGCCGACGCCGAGCCGCGCGAGCGCAAGAUCCUCGUGGCCGUCGAUGAGAGCGAGGAGAGCAUGUACGCCUUGUCGUGGUGCCUCAAGAACAUAGUUUCUCAAAAUUCCGAAGAUACCCUCGUGCUUCUCUACGCCAAGCCGCCUCCCACCGUGUACGGCGGCCUGGACGGAACAGGGUAUUUGUUUUCGUCCGAUAUACUGGCCACCGUCGAGAGGUACGGCAGAGAGGCGGCGGAGGCGGUGAUGGAGAAGGCGAAGAAGCAGUGCGCGGAGCUUCACGAUGUUAAAGUGGAGACGAGGGUGGAGACUGGUGACGCAAGGGAUGUGAUUUGCCAGGUGGCGGAGAGGCUGGCCGUUGAUAUUUUGGUCUUGGGAAGUCACGGCUACGGUCUGAUCAAGAGGGCAUUACUUGGGAGUGUGAGCAACCACUGUGCACAGAACGUGAAAUGCCCGGUAUUGAUAGUGAAGAAGCCAAAGCCAGCUGCAGCUAGCAAAUAAUAUGUUUUUCUCUAAUUAAAUUUGUAAUUAUCUUUUUUCCCAUUGGUGCUUUUGGGAAUUUCCUUUGCUUGCUUGUAUGUGUAAUAUUUUCGUGCAUUAAUGUAAAUUAGAAGAGAUUUAAAAGGGAGAUUUCUUAUAAAACCGAGCAUUUUUCAAUUAAA